GUAGCUCUUCCGAAUGCGAGCCGCAGGAGGUCUUGAUGUGAGACAGCCCUGUAGUUUGUCAGAUUCGGGUCAGAAUGAAGUGAUGAGAAGCGGUCCGCAGUGAUCCCUCCAGAAAGCACCGGACCGGCGAUUCGAUACGACCGGAGAGGGAACGAUUUUCUACCGUUCCCUGUCAAGUGAUGGGAUAUCGAGCUCUCGAUCGACUCUGAGGAGGGGAUGUCGCGCCUUAGACACGAUUUCGUGGUUGCGUGAUGCACCGAAGAGAUGAUUCUUCCGACUUGGAUACGACCGAGUAUUUUCAUUCUUCUCCUGGCGAUAUUCGCCAACCUUCACUGUCUCCAUGGCUCCUUCGUUUUCGAUGACAUCGAAGCUGUAGUCAACAACCCGGACGUCUCGGGCUUGGGGUCAUGGAUCGAUAUCCUGAAAGAUGAUUUCUGGGGGACGCCCCUGAAAAAAGAAUCAUCUCAUCUAUCCUUCCGACCGAUCACCACCGCCAUUUUCCGCAUCUUGUGGAAAUCCGUGGGGAACCAGGCGGCCUACUUCCGCCUUCUCAACCUCGUCGUACACAGCGCGGUGUCGGCUUAUUUGUACAAGUCACUGUCGAUUGCCCUAGACGUUCCAUACAAUCCGCUGCGAUCAUGCGGGACCCAGGUAGCACUCAUGGCUGCAUCGUUCUUCGCCAUUCAUCCAAUCCAUGUUGAAAGUUUGUGCAGCGCUGUGGGGCUAGCAGACGUUCUGUCCGGUCUGUUCUUCUUGUGCGGCUUCAACGCUUACUUGGAAUGGACGAGAAAUUAUCAAACAAAAAGCGCACCGGCGAAGCUCUUCGCGUAUUCAGCGCUCGCAAUGUUCUCAAAGGAACCAGGCGUCACGAUUCUGGGUGUGUGUGGAGCCUACGAACUCUUGAUUAUCUGUGAUAUAAUUCCACAUCAUGCGUUCACCAAGCAUAAGAGUUUCGUCAACUCCGUUAAAAGAUCAUCGGUGAAGAGAUUCGCUUUCUGUGCGUUGUCUGGCAUCGUUUUGUCAAUCAUGAGAUGUCUCUGCGUCAGACUCCGAGUGCCGAUAUUCACACCCAUGGACAACCCUGCGUCUUUUUUGCCGUCACCGAUCCUACGAGGGAUCAACUAUCAAUACAUAUAUUCCAUCAAUCUAUUACUGUUAUUCUACCCCCAUUGGCUUUGUUUCGAUUGGUCCAUGGGGUGCAUUCCUGUUAUAAAGUCAGCCCUUGACCCUCGACUCCUUGCAUUGGUCGGCUUCUGGUUCAGCAUGGCCACAAUUGUCAGAGCCUGUUCCCGAGAAACUCCUCUCAGAAGAUGGUUCUGCCUCGCCGCCUCUCUCAUCGUCAUUCCCUUCCUGCCUUCUUCGAACUUGCUCGUGAGCGUAGGGUUCGUGAUUGCGGAACGCAAUCUCUAUCUGACAUCAAUGGGCUUCUGUUUGUUGAUGGCCAUUGUCAUUGUGGAAGCCCACCGGAGGGCAGGCAAACACAGACAGGUUUUCGAAUUCGCCGUCGUUGUGUUGCUAUUCUUGCUCGCUGGGCGAUCUCUGAGAAGAUCUCGCGACUGGAUCGCCGAUACCACACUCUUUCAUUCGGGACUCGCAGUGUGUCCGCUCAAUGCCAAAGUUCACUACAACAUUGCGAAGGUCUCCUCGGACGAGCGCGCAGCCAUAGCAAGUUAUCGACGGGCUCUGAGCUUGAACCCUCAAUACGAUCAAGCGAUGAACAAUCUGGCGAAUCUCUUCAAGGAGAAGGGUUCUCUUCAGGAGGCCAAACUCCUCCUCGAGAAAGCGGUCGGAAUCCGGCCGAACUUCGCGGCUGCCUGGAUGAACUUGGGGAUUGUAGAAGCUUCCCUUCAUAAUUUCAGCAGGGCCGAAGAGUGCUACAAGAAUGCCAUAAAUCACAGGAAUAGAUAUCCCCACUGCUAUUUCAAUCUAGGGAAUAUGUAUAUCGAGAUGAAAGCUUUCGAGCAGGCCUUGGCUGCCUAUCAACAGGCAGUAUCCCUGGCUCCGGAUCAUCAUCUGAGCUGGAAUAAUAUGGUGAUCUUGCUUGAUUCCCUGGGACGACUCGACGAGGCGGAGAAAGUCGCCCGCGACGGUCUCGAACACUUGCCGGAUGCUGCCUCGUUGCACUUCCAUCUGGGGAACACUCUUGGUAAGAUGGAGAGGUACGAAGAGUCGGAAACACAUUUUCUCACAGCUCUCCGCAUCAAUCCGGGAGAAGCCACCUACCAUUCGAAUUUAGGAGUCUUGUACCAUCGUUGGGGGCGAGUUCACCAAGCUCGCACAAGGUAUCUCAAAGCUUUGGAGCUCGACCCGAAGCUAGCAUCUAUCGAAGAUAAUUUGCGGAAGCUCGACAAAGGACGUCGUAGAAGGAGAUGA